UAAGUAGUCUACUUGUUAGAGACAAAGUUAUCGUAACAACUUACAUUUAAGAAUACACCAUAAGUGCAACAUAAAGUGCUUGAGGACUGCGGGAACUACAAUGUGACUAAAGCAGAUAAGCUUCGCUAUGGACGUUCCAUGGACUUCCUUUUUUAUUCACUUCACUUUUAUUCUGUUUACACUACACUUCACCUCGACUUUCAAACAACAAGGGACUUGUUAUUUCCCUGUGCGAUGGGAGGGCACGUGGUUCCAAUCCGGAGUUCGCCAGCCGAUCGUCAUCGAAGGACCAAGGCUGAGCAACAAAGGAAGAUGUUUGGGCUUCGAGGGAGAUAAGUUUUUAGUUGUUGAUGACAAGCGGGCUUGUUACAGAUGUGUUGUGAUUCACGAGAAACAUCCUAAUGUACUGCAAUAUAAAGAAAGCAAUACAGUUUAUUACAAUCAAAACCUAACCAGCAAGCGGGCUUGUUACAGAUGUGUUGUGAUUCACGAGAAACAUCCUAAUGUACUGCAAUAUAAAGAAACUUACUGCCACAGUCGAGAUGCACUUCCGACAUUAUGCAGUCUAAUAACGGGAGACGCUUUGCUCUAUUCAAUGUUCAGAGAAAAUGCAGUGGCCGUCCCCUGCCCGUUCCGGGGUCCCUUCACGUUCACUUACAAUCGAGGACACGGAGAGUGCCGUUCGCCCGUGUCCAGCAUCGACUCCUGCACGGAAGAGAGCAAGCUGUUGCUCAGCUAUCAGGCUUGCCCGGAUGUACACGGAUCCGAAAGCGCAAUUGAGGAGUUACAAUGUUUGGCAACAUGGAAAGAAGGCAGUUCCAGGUACUUAGUGGGCAAAUUGCACCACAGCCACGCCACGUCAAACGAGGACAGGUUCAGGUGCUUUGUGUAUGAAAAAGCCUCGCCAACAUCAGAAGCUUUGGAUGGUGUCGAUUAUAGAGUCGCACAAAGCGGGGACGCAACCUGUAAUGGACUCUUCAGUGCCACCGAGGGAAGCAGGACUAUGACCCUUAAGAAAGCUUCCUCCUUGAACAAAUGUCGUUUCCCUUUCUGGGUGGCAAAUUAUAAUCACUGGCAUACUUUGGAUUAUUUCGCAACUUACAAUUUCCAUCACAGGAAUUCCACCCUCAGGAUAACCAAUUCUACUGGACUAGACAUGAAGGUUGUGUGUGUUCAAGUUAAGCACUCGACGAGAGAUGAGAACUCCGUUGUUCUAGUGACACACUUCACAAUGGGCUGCCAGAAUGGGUACAACUGCAUGUCUUUUUAUCGGAGAGAUGCCCACGUCAUCGAAGUACAAAUUGGAUCUCACACUAAGCGGCGAGAGGAUGCCUGUAGCGCCACUUUUUUCGACAGAAAUAAAUUGCCAUUUGUCACGUUAGUCACUACGUCUCCUGAGACCCGCGCCUGUCCAUAUAUGGGAAAAUUCGAAGUCAACAACUUGAUGCGCAACGAACGUAGCUCAUAUGUGAAUAAAUAUUCUCAUCUGCCGGACAGGUUUUACUUCGACUCGAAUUACUACGUGAAUAAAUUAUCCAGGCCAGGUUUCGGAGAUGAAAACCACUUGAGGAGGAUAAAACGUAUCGACCAGGAUUUCGACUGUGAUAGUAAUGGAUAUACAAAUCUCAUAAUAGGCUGUAACAAUAUUGACACCAUGGAGUUCAGAACUGAUUGCUCGGCACCCGAUUUUAUUACUUCAUACUCUUGUCAUGGUGGAUGGGAAGAAAACGGAACGAAUUUCCUAAUAACCACGCCUCUAAGUCGAGCAUCUCACGGUGCACGAAGGUACUGCUUCAUGUACAAGGAACAGGGCUCUGGCAUGGUGAUGUUCUCCACGUCUGCCGACAGCUGCGACCGACUUCUUAAACCGGGCAUAACUGGCGAACUCAUCUUUAAUAUCACUACUCUUGGAAAAUGCGUCGAGACAAGCACAUCCACAAAAGCAGAUUCCUUUAGUGCUUUGCUUAUAUGGCCCACCUUAUACUGUAUUAUAAAAGUAGUAACAAUUAUUCAAAGAUGAUCGAUAUGUUAGUAAGUUAGGUUUAUACUAAUAAUGAGACUGUAUGAAAUAUUUCAACGGUUGUGUUAGGAAGAAAUGCGGGUAGUAUAUCACGGAUCGAAAUAAAAAAUACAUAAAAUACAGUAUAUUCCAAUGAUUCAUGCAUUUUAUUAUUUGCUUACUUAUACCUGUAUAUUUUAAUAUAAAAGUUAAUUAUCAGACGAUAUUGCACUUAACGUUCCUAAUGACUAUUUCUUAGAAACUAAAAAUAUUGUAUUUUAAAUCUAUACCAGCCACUGGUACAGUACAGUAAAAGAUUCUACGUGGUAUACCUAUAUUUUUUAAUUCCAUCAAAAUAUUUUCGUUUUUCACUUGUUUCGUAAUAUGUAUUUGCAAUUUUGUUUAACUUUUAUAGACAAUAAUACUUUUUGAUAAUUUCAUUUAAAAUAAAUACUAUUAAAGACCAAAUUGUUUGAGUUGAAUUGAUAUGGUUCAACAAGGGAACUAACUUUUGUGAAAUUAAAUGGGACGAUCUACAAAUUAUCUUUUAAAAAAUAUUGUAGCCAUUUUUCAAAUUCUCUAAUAUCUGUAUUGAAAAAUUUCAUUACACACCAUUUAUGAAAGUGCCCACUUUCUCAGAAAAAUUGUUACUGGAAUUAAUUACUUCCUACAUCAAUGAUAUUUUAUUAUAAUUAACAAUCCAUGACAUAUUCAAAAUUUAAAAUUUGAGAUUUUAUUAAGAAAACAGAAAACUCUGCUCUUCAUUACCUUCCCUAUGUAUCCAGUUACGAAGUUCCACUAGAUGGUGGGAAGAUAACAUUUUUUUAAAAAUAAUAUAGCAACAAUCAUUUAUUAUAAAGCCAAACAAUGUUGAGACCAAAAAUAUAAGCAUGUAAAAGUUAUCUAAUCUUCAAUACAAGAUUUGUUGGCCUAUGCCUUUAAAGUAAAGUAAAAGUACAACAGCUGAUAAUAAACUUAAAUUUAAAAAAUAUCGAAGCUGUAUUUUUCAAUUAUUUUAGAAUCCAAGGCCUAAUUUUUUCAACACUACAAUUUCCAUCCAGAUUUUAAA